AUGAUUCAUGCUAUUAGCUUCAGCGAUCCCAAUCGCCAGGAACUCAGCUUUGACCUUUUAUUAGCACUUGUCUCCCAGGCAGAUAGUCAUUUGAUUACCUUAAUCGCUGAGGAAUAUGCUACACAGGACCCGUGUAGUUUCAGGAUUGAGUGUUGCAAAAUACCAUACAACAUGAAAAAACAUUCUGAGAUACUGAAAAAUAGUAUAUUUGGCAGGAAGGAGCUGUUCAGAGGUUCAGAAGUACCACUCUUUUCAGCUGCCAAAACUGCCAAUGGGAGAAGGACGGGGGCGCUGUCUGGUGACUGUUCGCGUGAUUCCUUCAAGGCGGCGACCACCUUCAGGGAUUCUCUCUCCAGCAAUGCCGUUCGUACUCGGGUCCCCCGACCCUUACACAAGGAUGCAAAGACGCUGAACCGCCGGGCCGAGGCUCUGAGAACAGAAUCACCCCGAGGCGCCCUUUUCUUCCAAGCCGCGGGCUCUCAGCAGUCAGAAAGCGCCCCAGGCCUCCUCGGUGGGCCCGGCUGUGUCGCCGCACCUAAGGCCAAGAGUCCUCCACCCUGCGCCCCUCCCGCGCCUCCCCCAUCCCAAACCACAGCAGCAUCGCCGCCUCUCCCGGAAACAAGCCUGCUGAGCAAAGGCGGAGGAAAACCUUGGGCCUUCCGCUCUGAUUGGUCUCCCCCAGACGCGCGAGGCGAGGCAGCGAUUGGCUGCCGGGCGUUGUCAGUCGCGGAGGCCAGAGCCAUCGCCGGGGAAGCGCAGCCGGGCUCUGGUGCUCCGGCUGCCGCCGCGGCUGCUCGAGCUGGUGCAGCUGGGCGAGCUCGCGCGGGCGCCGCCGCCGCCUCCGCUGCUGCCCACCCCGCCGCGCCGCCGGCGCUGCCCGUCCUGCAGGCGGCCGCCGGGGAGGGGCAGCCGAGAGAACAGAGCACGAGGAGGCGGAGGUGGUGGAGAAGUGAUGCUGGCGCCGGGUAUCCGGGCAGCGGCAGCGGAGCAGCAGCAUCUCCGGGACCCCGGCUGCAGCGUCCCUGUGGCCCGCGGGCCAGCCGAACGGCGGGAGACCACGCGCCCCGCGGUGUUUCCGUCUAUAGCACACAGAAGGACUUUGUAUUGUCAAAAAAGGAACAAAUGAGAGAUGAAGUCUGCCUGAGAUUUUAUCCAAGGACAAGGAAAGACCUAGCCCCAACAAGUGAGUUUUCAGAGAUCGCUGGAUUUGGGUGUAAAUGUAUAUACUUUCUCCAAUCUGAGAAUGAAUAUUUAAAAUUGCAGCUAAAGACAAAAGAAGAUGGUGAUGGAGAAAGUCAGGGACUCCAAAGGGAUGGAAGGCAAUUCACAGACCCAGUAGAGACGCUUCAAGAACUGCUCAGUCCUGGAGUGGAGGAAUUGUGUGAAGACGCAGACGCUUUACCCUGAGACGAGGGCAGAAGUUUUCGUUACAGGGUAAGAGCUGAUUCCUGCUUUUGGUUUUGCAAUCUUUGAAAAUUAGCAAAACUGUGAAGUAAAAAUAGGCAGUAUUAUCAAAAGCAUUAAGGGUGCUCUAUAUUUAUUUAUAGCUUCGUGGUAGUUCACGCUUUUUAUCUUUCAUGUGAAGAUGUUUGGAAAUAGUUCCCUGGCAAAUAUUCUUAUGUUUGAAGUAGAAUGAUAGGUAGAAACAAUGAGAAUCGCAAAGCACCAAUCUGGCCAUUUUGGAUUAAAAUAUCCUUAAGCACAGAUACUCUCUGAAGAUGGUUCUCCGCCCUUUUCUUCUUCAGCGCACAUGGAAAGCACGGUAUUUCCACAGUACACAGCAGAGGCUGAGCACAGCCAGAGACUCCUGGCACGGCUGCGCAGCUCCAGAGCAGCUCCGGGGCCGAAAGGAUCAAAUCUCACUACAUCUGUUUGGGGGAGCUCUGCGGGGAGCAAUAGAAGCUUUCCUUUUUGAAAAUCCUAAAAUGUUCCCUGCUUUUUAUGCAUCUCCGUGAUUGGAGUCUGGGUUUAGAGGAGCUUUUCUUAGGGAAAAAAAAAAAUGAUACUUUGGGUCUUAAAUUUUCAUGUGAAGUUGAUUUUACCUCAAGAUUGAACAGUGUCCCUGAUUUUAUAUCAAGAAACUUGAACUUAGACUGUUUUCCUCCUUCCCAUCCAUUAGCACAGUGACAAAGAAGCCCUCUGCUAGAGGAUUCACGGAGGCAUCUCAGUUCUGGCAGGACUCCUUGUUGUCCUUGGGCUCUGGGGAAGUUUCCAUAAGACAAAAUCUGCCACAAAGGUCACCAGGAGUCCCCAUGGUCUGGGGUAAUUGUAUAGUUUAGGCCUUACCUCAAUAUUUGGUCUAGUCUAGGUAAGUCCUGUUUUUGUUAUUAUCUUAGUAAUUAUGCAAAAAAUGAUUGAGAUUUUCACAGAUUCGAGGCCUACCUAAAACUCAGACUUCAUAUUACAAAAUCAUAGGUUUCAGGCUAAUGGGACCUGAAUACUCUCUAGUGUUUCCUCUGUGCCUUAUUCCAAAUUUGUUUCAGGUACCACCACAGUGACCACCCAAGAAGGCGAGAUAACAGCUGAGCUGCCCAGCAGCAUCACCAUGAAAGACUAGCAUAAAAUACCCUUUGGCCACAAUUCUAGAAGCAGUUUUAGCUUGCCAGGAUUUUUUUCUUUUGUUUUGAUUUGGUUUGAUUUAUAACCUCUGUGUCUUAGGUUUUUCUUUUGUUUUGUUUUUCAUCAACAGACAUUCUUUAGAGAAUUUUAGAAUUACUGAAAAAUUAAUUGCAAGCUACAAGUUCCUACAUACUUCCCUCCCUCAAAUGCACACAAUUUCCCCCAUUAUUAACAUCUUGUAUUAGUGUCAGGUGUUUGUUGUAAUUGAUGAACUAAUAUUGAUACAUUUUUAUUAACUAAAGUCCAUUAUAUAAAGGUUCACGCUUUGUAUUGUA